GAGGAAUGGGGACCAAGAUGGCAGACCACGAUUCCGCUCAGAAGCUGUUAGGGUUGCUUCCGCCGCCUGACGGCGUGGGAGGAGGCAGCUGUUCGGGAAUCUCCACUGAGCUCAUUCGCUCCCUGACCGAGCUGCAGGAGCUGGAAGCUGUGUAUCAACGGCUCUGCGGCGAGGAGAAAGUGGUGGAGAGAGAGCUGGAUGCUCUUUUAGAGCAGCAAAACACCAUUGAAAGUAAAAUGGUCACUCUCCACCGGAUGGGUCCCAACCUGCAGUUGAUUGAAGGAGAUGCAAAGCAGCUAGCUGGAAUGAUCACCUUUACCUGCAACCUAGCUGAGAAUGUGUCCAGCAAAGUCCGUCAGCUUGACCUGGCCAAGAAUCGCCUCUAUCAGGCCAUUCAGAGAGCUGAUGACAUCUUGGACCUGAAGUUCUGCAUGGAUGGAGUUCAGACUGCUUUGAGAAAUGAAGAUUAUGAGCAGGCUGCAGCCCACAUUCAUCGCUACUUGUGCUUGGACAAGUCAGUCAUCGAGCUCAGCCGACAGGGCAAAGAAGGCAGCAUGAUUGAUGCCAACCUGAAAUUGCUGCAGGAAGCUGAGCAGCGUCUCAAAGCCAUUGUCACAGAGAAGUUUGCCAUUGCCACUAAGGAAGGGGAUCUGCCCCAGGUGGAGCGCUUCUUCAAGAUCUUCCCACUGCUGGGUUUACAUGAGGAGGGACUAAGCAAGUUCUCAGAAUACCUUUGUAAGCAGGUGGCCAGUAAAGCUGAGGAGAAUCUACUGUUGGUUCUAGGGACAGACAUGAGUGAUCGAAGAGCUGCAGUCAUCUUUGCAGAUACACUCACUCUUCUGUUUGAAGGGAUUGCCCGAAUUGUAGAGACCCAUCAACCAAUAGUGGAAACCUAUUAUGGCCCAGGGAGACUUUAUACCCUGAUAAAAUAUCUGCAGGUGGAAUGUGACAGACAGGUGGAGAAGGUGGUAGACAAAUUCAUCAAGCAGAGGGACUACCACCAGCAGUUCCGGCAUGUCCAGAGCAACUUGAUGAGAAACUCUACAUCAGAAAAAAUAGAACCAAGGGAACUGGAUCCUAUCCUGACUGAGGUCACCCUGAUGAAUGCCCGCAGUGAGCUGUACUUACGCUUCCUCAGGAAAAGAAUCAGCUCAGAUUUUGAGGUGGGGGACUCCAUGGCCUCAGAAGAAGUAAAACAAGAGCACCAGAAGUCCCUGGACAAACUCCUCAAUAACUGCCUACUGAGCUGCACCAUGCAGGAGCUAAUUGGUCUAUAUAUUACCAUGGAGGAAUACUUCAUGAGGGAGACUGUCAACAAGGCUGUGGCUCUGGACACCUAUGAGAAGGGCCAGUUGACAUCCAGCAUGGUGGAUGAUGUCUUCUACAUUGUUAAGAAGUGCAUUGGGCGGGCUCUGUCUAGCUCCAGCAUCGACUGUCUCUGUGCCAUGAUCAACCUCGCCACCACAGAGCUGGAGUCUGACUUCAGGGACGUUCUGUGUAAUAAGCUGCGGAUGGGCUUCCCAGCCACCACUUUUCAGGACAUCCAGCGUGGGGUGACAAGUGCCGUGAACAUCAUGCAUAGCAGCCUCCAGCAGGGCAAAUUUGACACUAAAGGCAUCGAGAGUACUGACGAGGCCAAGCUGUCCUUCCUGGUGACCCUGAACAAUGUGGAAGUCUGCAGUGAAAACAUCUCCACUUUGAAGAAGACACUGGAGAGUGACUGCACCAAGCUGUUCAACCAAGGCAUUGGAGGGGAGCAGGCCCAGGCCAAGUUUGACAGCUGCCUUUCUGACUUGGUUGCCGUGUCCAACAAAUUCCGAGACCUCUUGCAGGAAGGGCUGAUGGAGCUAAGCAGCACAGCCAUCAAGCCGCAGGUGCAGCCUUGGAUCAACACCUUUCUCUCUGUUUCCCACAACAUCGAGGAGGAAGAAUUCAAUGACUAUGAGGCCAAUGACCCUUGGGUACAACAGUUCAUCCUUAAUCUGGAGCAGCAAAUGGCAGAGUUCAAGGCCAGCCUGUCUCCAGUCAUCUACGACAGCCUGACCAGCCUCAUGACCAGCCUUGUCGCAGUCGAGUUGGAGAAAGUGGUGCUAAAGUCCACCUUCAACCGGCUGGGCGGUCUGCAGUUUGACAAGGAACUGAGGUCACUCAUUGCCUACCUCACCACGGUGACCACCUGGACCAUCCGAGACAAGUUUGCCCGGCUCUCCCAGAUGGCCACAAUCCUCAAUCUGGAGCGGGUGACCGAGAUCCUAGAUUACUGGGGCGCGAACUCUGGCCCAUUGACGUGGCGCCUCACUCCUGCUGAAGUACGCCAGGUGCUGGCUCUGCGCAUAGACUUCCGCAGCGAGGACAUCAAGAGGCUGCGCCUGUAGCUGCCAGGGUGACCCCACCUGGCCCAUCACGCUUUGGGGCCCAUUCCCUAAGUGGCCACAGCCCAGACUGUUCCACUGCUGGCAGCAGGGAAACAAGGCCCCGACGCAGUCCACUCUCUGUUCUCAGACCUGUCAGGGUGCUUUGGGAGACAGUCUCUCCCCACCAAGUGAGGUAGGUCCCCCUUGGCUCCUAAUUAGGUGGGGAAGACAGGGCAGGCCAGUCUCCUGCACGGGUAGUCAUUCUCUCGUUCUUGGACACUGCAGCAAACGGGCUGCCAGUCUUAAAGGACUUAGGUUUAUCUAGGGACCUAAGGAAUUAGGUUUAUUCCGAGGAGAGGCUGUGAUGCUUAUGAUCACCCUAAAUAAAGAUACUCCUUGAAGAGAUGCCAGUGUGCUGUUGCCAGGAAGGGCUGGAUGCUACAGAGCAAGACAGGUCCAUCAGUUGCACUGAAAUGUGAAGGCAAAAGCCUAAAUCCUCAGCCUCCUCCCACACCCAGAGAGGCACAUGGCCACCACCAGGACCCACAUGAUAACAGGUACCUCAUCCAAUCCCGGACCCUCAUCCCAUCUCUUGGGCCCUCAGCACCAGAAGUUGGAUCAUCCCAGGGGCAGUUUCCCACAGUGCCAGGGGAAGUGGGAAUUGCUCCCAGCAGGAACAAAAAAGAACUUUAUGAGGACAACCUUGAAGAGCAGAGUGAAUUUAUUCCAAGAAGAUUGCAGUCCUGAGAACUCACGGCCCACAGGCACAUGGCAGAGUUGCUGGUUAAGGCCACGAUUAGCAGUGACUUGCUGCAGGACUGCACUGGCUCUCUGCCACAGACACGAGUGUGGACCCUCAUCCCUGUUCCCACUCCCCCAUUAAGUCAGCUUGGGAGUGAGUGUGGAACAGGAAGUCUCUACUCAGGCAAAAGCCUGACCUCUAAGGAAGGCCACAGGAAAUGCCUCAAAGGGCCUCUUCAGGGUCGGCCUUACCAAGGGAACCCAGCCAUCUGCCAAGGCUGGUUGUCAUCCCCUUCUUCCAGGCCCUCAUGGAGAGAGAGAAGGCCAAGGCCCAAGCUGGGCCAUCAGAUUUGUAAAGGUCACAGUGGACGCUGAACUUAGGACCUUCCUGUGUCCAGAUGGAGCAGACACCAAGCCUAGGCCCCUGUCAACCAGGAGGUCACAGUCCUGUUCCCAAGCACCGUCUGUGCCUCACCAACUUUUAGAAAGGGCUGGGCCUGAGCUCAGGUUGGCUUCCUUUGGAAGCAGAUUCACAAAGAAGUGGGUGAAGAGUAGAAGACUGAGCGCUCCCAUGGGGGAAGGAAGGGAGGGCCUGCUAUAGCUCCAGGCUUUCUCCUCUUGCAGAGGGACAAGCCUCAUGAGAAGGGGCAUCAGGCUGAGGUCUCAGUCCCCCAGCAGCUGCAGGCUCAGGCCCUGAGUGUCCACUUCUACCAGGUGGAUGCUGUAGUUUCCGAGGCCCUAGGAGCAAAGGACAGGAGGUGCUAAGAGGGUCUGGGUGGGUUUUAGGCUUUCGGGAGGCUGGACUGUGGCUGCAGGGCCAAGGGGACUUACACCUGUAGCCGCUGGUUAGCUGGUGGGCCACAGGGAGGGCUCCUGUCCCGUGCCAGAUACCAUACCCCGACCACACCAUACCUCAGUCUUGGCCAGCACAGCCUCCAGAGCCUCCUUUUGCCGCGGCUCCUUGGUCAAUAGGUAGAGAAAGCCCCCGCCACCUGCCCCUGCCAGGCUCUGGCCAUGCACGUGGGGGGCCAGGACAUCCAUCAUAUGCCGCACAGCCAAGGGCUCACAGCCUGGAGCCAUGAGCUUCUUCUGCUCCCAGUAUGAUGUCAGGCACUGGCCCAGCAGAGGCAGGCUCCCUGGGGUGGGGGCAGAGAGGGGACUUGUGUGCCUGGGCCAGGAUAUUCACUCAGUGCCCCUCUGUAGACUGGAUGGGGUGCCAAGAGGCACUUCUUAACCAGUGUCAUAGCUAAGAACCUGGGUUCAGUACUCACUGGAAACAGGAGUGAUAAAGCCCACCUCACGGGGUUGUUUGAGGACUAACGAGCACAGAGCAGUUGGCGUGGUACCCGGCACAGUGUUCACUGAACUGUGUAACCCGAAUCAGCUCUGACUCCCUGGAACUCGGCUAUGGAGCCAAGCCUCUUCCCCCAUCUGCUUCCUGGUAGGUGGGGCUGGAGGCUUUCCCCAGGAUGCAAGUAUUGACCUGAGAUGUGACUCCCACCUACGUGUGGGACCCUGCAGAGGACAGAGGCUUCACACCUAGGGCUGGUGCCAAGUCUGCAAAGGCCCCGGGCCUCAGACCCACAGGCAACAGGCACUCACUCCUGGUGCCUGAGCUCCGGGGAAGAAGCGCCUUACCUUGGCGGAAGGCUUCAGCACACUCCUCGGUGUGCCGCACCAGGUUGUGGGCAUUCUGCACAACGGCAGGCAGCCGGGCAUACCAGCUCCUCAGCACGUCCUACAGGUGGGGCAGGAGGGGUGCAGUGAGGCUCAGCUUAGCUGAGCCAUCUCGCGUCCCUCCCUUCUGGGGCCAGGGCUCACCUGCAGCAGAUUCCGGGCCAGACGGGUCUUGCCAGUGUACACCAGGAGCAGGUGGUCAUUGAGCUUCUGGACAAAGCCCGCAGGCACAGUGAUCUCUUCCACUUCCACCUUCAGCGGCAGCUGAGGCCGGGAGCGCCCCACCUUGAUGCCAGGCAUUAGGCCACCCACUUGGUCCUGCCAGCCACCUCCUGCGAGAGCCCGGGCCCCGUCACUGUUGGAGCCUAUCUGGCCCAGCUUCCCUCUCCCAGUACAGGCUCCUGGCCUUGCAUCCCUGGCAGGGACCAGUGUGGGAAGACAGCUUCCCCCCACAACUUCAGCUGGGCCAGGUGAGCUGUGCAGCUUCUGCCCCCGCCCUGGGAGCAAGUUGAACCCAGCAAUGGAAGGGGCUUCAUUCUGGAGCCAAGCUUAGAAUGCACAAGGCCUGAGUUUUGUUGCAGACCUAAUGUGUACUUGGAAUUGGGGUAAACCACAUCAAAGGAUUAAGACCUUACACUAACCUUUCCCCCUGAGGAGGGAUGACAUAGGACUU